UUUUGACUUCUCCCAUCUGACUUCUCCCAUCUGACUUCUCUCUUUUGAUUUCUCCCUUUUGACUUCUCCCAUCUGACUUCUCCCAUCUGACUUCUCCCUUUUCCUUUUGACUUCUCCCAUCUGACUUCUCCCAUCUGACUUCUCCCAUCUGACUUCUCCCAUCUGACUUCUCCCAUCUUACUUGUCCCAUGUGACUUCUUGGAUUUGACAUCUGGACUUCUUGGAUUUGACGUCUCAGUUGCGGACUUCUUCAAGUGGACGUGUGCCGGCUGGGAAACAAGCAGGUCCGUGGAAGUUCCCUUCAAAGUCCAGUCGAGACAAAGCGAGGACUAAUCUUGGCACCUGGACCUAUUUUUACCUGCAGGAGCGAUGGGGUAAAAGCAAAAAUCCAACUCCCCUCCUUGUCCAGCGGCCCACCUAGCAGCAUGGCGGGUGGGCUUUGUUCCAGGGACUUGCAGCUCCUCAAAUGGAUCCACAAGAUCAAGGCAGCAAGUUUGUGUUGAAGCACUUGGAAUACCUUCUGGACUGGAUCUUAGUUCCUUGGAUAUGUGUGCUGGACUGCUGCUUUGCUGCUUCGGGUGAACGCCAUCCACAGGAGGACCUCCUUCCUCUGGUCUACCCUACACAAAGUUCAUAGGCCAUCCACAGGAGGACCUCCUUCCUCUGGUCUACCCUAAACAAAGUUCAUAGGCCAUCCACAGGAGGACCUCCUUCCUCUGGUCUACCCUAAACAAAGUUCAUAGGCCAUCCACAGGAGGACAUCCUUCCUCUGGUCUACCCUAAACAAAGUUCAUAGGCCAUCCAUAGAGGGACCUACUUCCUCUGGCUACCCUAAACAAAGUUCAUAGGCCAUCCACAGGAGGACCUACUUCCUCUGGUCUAGCUUAAACAAAGUUCAUAGGCCAUCCAUAGAAGGACCUACUUCCUCUGGUCUACCCUAAACAAAGUUCAUAGGCCAUCCACAGGAGGACCUCCUUCCUCUGGUCUACCCUAAACAAAGUUCAUAGGCCAUCUGUAGUGGGACCUACUUCCUCUGGUCUACCCUAAACAAAGUUCAUAGGCCAUCCGUAGUGGGACCUACUUCCUCUGGUCUAGCCUAAACAAAGUUCAUAGGCCAUCCACAGGAGGACCUCCUUCCUCUGGUCUAACCUAAACAAAGUUCAUAGGCCAUCCAUAGAAGGACCUACUUCCUCUGGUCUGCCUAAAGAAAGUUCCAUUUAACCCUGACAAACCAAAAAUGAUCCUGUCCUCAUCCUCCAGGGAAACAUAACACCUUCUCAUCAAGAACUCCACAAAGUGUUCCAAUCUUUAUAUUUGUAAGUCCUACUGAACACCACUUGGUUGCCUUAGAAACCACACUAACGAGCAAGGAAGCUAGCGGAGACGGUGCCUUUGGAUUUGACUAGCCACCUUUUGGAGAUUUACCCAGUCAGCAAGUGUGCAGUGGAACACACCUGAUGGAGGCUGCACACCACUUGCAUUGACUUGGCUUUCCCUUCUGGAUUGAGCGUUGGCCAAGCGUUUCCAUGGUGAUCACAUCAUCAUCUGUGGAGGACAAGACCGCUCCCCCCUGCAGGAUGGUCCAAUCACAGCCCUGGAUCACCUCUGCCUUGCAUCGCGACAACAAAAGUGGAAGCAGCUCAGGAUGUCCGCCCACCACCUCUUCCUCCUCCUCCUCCUCCUCCUCCUCCUCCUGCUCUACUGCCCAGGGCUUCUCCCUCGCUGAGCCAGCCAUGACCAGCCAGCACUCGCACACACACCCCUCCUUUAGCUCCAUCCACUCCAUGGCCGAGCAGCAGCAGGUGCUGUCUGACAUGACCAUACUCCAGCGGAGGAUCCCCCCCACCUUCCGAGAGCCCGCCACUGCCCCCUUGAGGAAACUCUCUGUAGACCUCAUCAAGACUUACAAGCACAUCAAUGAGGUGUACUACACCAAGAAGAAGAGGCGGGCCCAGCAGGUAGCUCCAUCAGAAGACAGCAGCAGCAAGAAGGAGAGGAAGGUGUACAACGAGGGUUAUGAUGAUGACAACUAUGACUACAUGGUGAAGAAUGGAGAGAAGUGGCUGGACCGCUAUGAAAUCGACUCCUUGAUUGGCAAGGGAUCCUUUGGACAGGUGGUGAAGGCGUACGACCACCAUGAGCAGGAGUGGGUAGCCAUCAAGAUCAUCAAGAACAAAAAGGCUUUCCUCAACCAGGCUCAGAUUGAACUUCGCCUUUUGGAGCUGAUGAACAAACAUGACACUGAGAUGAAAUAUUAUAUUGUCCACCUGAAGCGUCACUUUAUGUUUAGGAACCAUCUUUGUUUGGUCUUUGAGUUGUUGAGCUACAAUUUGUAUGAUCUGCUGAGGAACACCAACUUCAGAGGAGUCUCUCUCAACCUCACUCGCAAGUUUGCACAGCAGCUCUGUACAGCACUAUUAUUCCUGGCCACACCAGAACUGUCCAUCAUCCACUGCGACUUGAAACCAGAGAACAUCUUGCUGUGUAACCCCAAGAGGUCUGCCAUCAAGAUCGUGGACUUUGGAUCGUCCUGCCAGCUGGGCCAGAGGAUCUACCAGUACAUCCAGAGCAGGUUCUACCGCUCCCCUGAGGUCCUUCUGGGAAUGCCCUACGACCUGGCCAUCGAUAUGUGGUCUCUGGGAUGCAUCCUGGUGGAGAUGCACACUGGAGAACCUCUCUUCAGUGGUUCUAACGAGGUUGACCAGAUGAACAAGAUCGUAGAAGUUCUGGGCGUGCCUGCCAGUCACAUGUUGGAUGCAGCUCCUAAAGCCAGGAAGUAUUUUGACAAGUUGUCAGACGGUCUGUGGACUGUCAAGAAGAACAAGGACAUCAAGAAGGAGUACAAGCCCCCAGCCACGCGGCGUCUUCACGAGAUCCUGGGUGUGGAGACCGGGGGUCCUGGGGGGCGGAGAGCAGGAGAGGCAGGACACGCCCCCUGUGACUACCUGAAGUUUAAAGACCUGAUCCUGCGCAUGCUGGACUACGACCCCAAGAGCCGCAUCACUCCAUUCUACGCCCUGCAGCACAACUUCUUCAAGAAGACCACCGAUGAAGGAACCAACACCAGUUCCUCCACAUCCACCUCCCCCGCCAUGGACCACUCCCAUUCCACCUCUACUACCAGCUCUGUUUCUAGCUCUGGUGGCUCCAGUGGUUCCUCCAACGACAACCGCAACUAUCGCUAUAGCAACCGCUACUACAACUCUGCUGUGACACAUUCAGACUACGAGAUGACCAGCCCUCAGCAGAUGAGGAUGUGGCCCAGCAGCAGCGACGGAGGAGGCGGAGUCGGAGGCGGGGCCCAGGAGGGCGGGGCCUACACGCAGUUGCUGCUCCAUAAGCCCGCCCCCUCCCAGCAGCACCAGCGUCACUUCCUGGAGCAGCCCCACCCCCACCACCCCCACCCCACCUACGCCCACCACGGCAAUGGCGGGCGCCUGCGGCAGAGCGGACAGAGUGCGGCGGCGGGCGGCGGCCAGCAGGGGGCGUCGCCCCAGAUGAGCGACAGCAUGGAUGUGGGCGUGUCCCUAGGGCUGCACCACCUGGGGGCGGUGUCUUCCAUGGAGGCGUCUCAGUUCGGCUCCGCCUCCCUGCCCGUCGGACUGUCGGCCUUCCGGACUCGCACGGCCCCCGCCGCCCCGGGGCCGCAAGCCCCGCCCCCCGAGGACUACUACCCCGCCUCCAACAACAAUAACCUGGCGGCGGGCGGCCGAGGGAGGCCGGACUCUGACGAAGGAGCGGCCAACUCUUGAUAAAAGCUCAAGUGCGCCCUAAAGCCAUAGCCGGACGCCAUCUUCUUGUGGCUGGGACUGCAUGACAGGAGAGGAGGAUGCUGGGAAAUUUAUCAUCGCCUGCUUUCUUUCGCCAACCUGUCAGCCCGGGGGAGGGGAGCGAGGAGG